AUGUCUUCAGCAUCAAUGUCUGAAUCAAGCCGUGAAGAGGAAGGAGAAUCCAGUGGGGUGGAUCAAGCAAAAGGGAGUGAGAAAGGCAAAGCGAAAGUGGGAGGUGAAUCCUCAGAAGGAAGUCAGGGAGAAGAAGCAGAGAAAGUAAAGCCAUAUCCGUACCGAGGAAUGGUGACAAGGAAAAGAGACGCCACGAUUGACGUGGCUAAUAUGAUCAAGGAAGUGGAAGUGAAGGUGCCUCUAUUGACGGCCUUAAAGAUGCCUCCGUACAGUAAAUUCGACAAUGACUACCCGGGGAGAAAAAUCAACGAAGAAGGGAGACUUAAUACAGAGGAGAACGUCUCUGCCGUGAUCCAGAGAAGCGACCUCCCCUCCAAGAAGACUGAUCCGAGAAUGUUCACACUCCCAAUUUUGAUUGGGGAAAUUCAAGUGGAGCACGCGAUGUGCGAUCUGGGGGCGUCUAUCAACGUUCUACCAUACUCCAUCUAUAGGAAGCUGGGAGCGGCCAAGCUCGCCGACACUGACAUCAUGAUCUAA